UGUAAAAAUAAAAAAACAUUGACAGUAGGUGAGCUAUUGCGUUGAAGUCAUUGCGUUGUGCAACAUUUUCAUUAACUGACAAAUGUGGGGGAAAAAUCAGCAUACUAGCAUUUAGGUUGCUGUUAGCUUGCUAGCUGUCAAAACGGUAGACAGAUCUGGUCAUGGAGGAGCACAGUCUGACCUGCACCAUCUGUUUGGAGCGUUUCAAAUACCCAGUGACUAUCCCUUGUGGCCACACCUUCUGCAAGGAUUGCAUAUCCAAACACUGGGAUCAGAUGGAGCGAGGUGGACCUCAGAAUACAUUCAACUGCCCAAUAUGCAAAGAGACGUUCUCCCCAAGACCCACCCUGAAUCGGAACGUUUCUCUGUCCGUCUUGAGCGAAGUGGCCGCCAACAGCUCAGCAGAGAGGGCUGCAGGUGCGGCGUGUAGAAUAGACCGAGUCGAAGACGGCUCUGAGGAGCUCUGUCCUCGGCAUCAAAAGCCUCUUAUCUACUACUGCAGGAGCGAUUGUAUGUGUGUGUGCUGUGUGUGCUCUGUGAAAGAGUGCAAAGAUCAUGACAAGGUGCUGGUGGAAGAGGAAAGGAGUAACAGAGAAGAGGGACUGAAGAAGAAGGGCAUGGAGAUUGGAAAAUGCAUAGAGGAUACAGAGAAGAACAUUCUGAUGCUCUCAGAAAAUAUCACUGAAGCUAAGGUGUCACUGCAGCAGACGUCUCAGUGGGUGAGCGCCAAGUUCUCACAGCUGCUGAAGGUGCUGAUGGAGAAACAGGAAGUGACGCAGAGUUUCGUGGAGCAGCAGCAGGCCAGCACUGUAUCUCAGGCUGAGACUCGGCUCAGCAACCUGCAGGAGAAACUUAAGCAGCUCAGAGAGCUACAGGAGCAGAUCAGCAGCCUCAGUGCCCUCCCCGACUGCCAGCUCAUUCAGGACUCCAGGCUGGUGGAGGUCCCUCAGAUGGGUUCAGUUCCUGUAGAUGUCAGUGUAAACCUUCAGGAGAAGCUCAAUCCCGUCACAGACGUUCUGUCUCGCAUCUCAAAGCUGGUGUGUGAGGAUCUGGAUAAAGCUGUGUAUGCAGCUGUGAGCCACCACAAAGAAGGCUCUCCUCAAGACAAGAGACCAAUGCUUGCUGUUGUGCCAAGUCCAGCCACUCCACCUUAUCCAGCAGGAAAGGAAGGCCUCAUUCAAUACCGUUGUUCAUUGACCUUUGACCCUCGCACAGCCAACGCUCACCUCAUGCUUUCUCAGAACAACCAGCGGGCGGAGCACCUGAUCUCAGGGCCUCAUCCAGUGCCAGCUGACGAGGCACGCUUUGACCACACCUGGCAAGUGUUGUGCUUUGAGAAUUUCACACACGGUCGCCACUACUGGGAGCUGGAGGUGUCCAAACCGUGGGCGUAUGUAGGUGUGACGUACCCCGGCAUCCCGCGCAAGGAGAAAGGCAGGACGUCCAUGCUGGGAAUGAAUGAGCUGUCAUGGAGCCUGCAGCUGAAUGAGCGCCAGCUCACCGCUUGGCACGGUAGCCAUGGAGAGCCUGUAACAGGCGAGCUGCAGUUAAACAAACGGCCUCUGCGCAUUGGCAUGCUGCUGGACUAUGACGAAGGCACUCUGGCUUAUUAUGGGGAGAACCAGGUGAGGCUGCACGCCUUCCACUGCGUCUUUUCCCAUGAGCUCUAUCCUGCCUGCUGGAUCGGGGAGGGGGUCAGUGUCACUCUCUGCCCAAUGUGAACAACUUUUCAAAACAAAGGGUGCGGAACUGAAGUUCAUAAAACACCGUGAUUCAGCUCAUAAAACACGUUCUAACUGAAGCAAAUGCAGCAAAUGAACAAGCACACAAUAGGGACACUUAGAGUAGGAAAGUAGUUCCAGGCCUCCAAGAACUAUUGUGGAGAUCCUCACCACUAACAAAUGCUUUCAGCAAAAGCCACUUCCUGAAACCUAGACUUUUAAUAGAAAAACUGUGCUCAAAGACUAUUACAGAACACCCAAACACCAGAUGUUCCAGCACAAGUUACACUUUUUAUUUAAUAAUGUGAACAAACUUAUUCACUAAUAUAAUUUUUUUUUUGAUGUUAGAUUUGUGUACACUGAAAAUCAAGUUAACCUUUAUGUUGCAAUUCAUGCACUUUGUGGCUACUGCUAAUGUUUGGUACUACAAAGCCAGCCAUGGCGUCACAAUACGGCACGCUUUUCUACCCAAACAACUUUACCUGAAAAUGGUGUUUUCACAGACAGACAAGUGGUCAGUGAAGUUAAGAUCAAUCUCUUUCCACUCCUUUAGCUCUACUAUAUCAUAGAGCUGCACAAUUCUUCAUGAGUGACAGCUCAGUCUGCAGUCUGAGUUAAUGAUUUACUGCAUAUUUGUACUGUAAUAUCCAAAAUCUUGAGCAGAAAUAAAACUUUAACAUUUCUUAGAGUGCCAAGAGCUCAAUGUGUACUCACAGGUUUAAGAGGUUAAAUAAUUAGUCACUGGUUUUGUUUCUGCCAAGAGCAAGUCAAGCCACAUAUGAAUGAAAAUCCAGAUCAUUCAUUCAUUUCACACAUUUACUCGUUUGUCUAGUAAUCUGGAAUUUAUUCUUCUGUACAUAACAUUAAACAUUUAGGACAACUUCGUUCCUUCUCGCUAUACGCAGGUGUAAAGGGUCACUUUAAGAUUCACUCACAGUUUUCUCAUGUUGUAGCUCCUCUUUUUCAUCUGUAGACUCUUUGUUCUUCAGGUGCAUGAAUGUGGUCGUGCGGUACAAUGUCUAUGACGUCGCUGACAAUGGUCACGGUGAAUAACCUGUACAAUAUAUCUAAAACUUAAAUGGUUUUGAGCUUUUUAAGUUUGACGUACUACAAGUUACACUCUGCGAGAAAAAGAAACACUACAGUGGCAAACUUUAGGACACUCUCACUAAUAGCUCGUUUGCAAAUUCUGUCACUAUCCUUGUUCAUCUUCUGGUUGUAGAUUUGUUUUACUUCGAAGACUGAGCAUUCCAGUAGUCAUUUAACUUUUUUGAGCCACUUUAAAUGGUGACAACACUGAAGCACAUAUUUCCAGUAUCAUUUAAAAAAAGAGGUUGAAUCUGGUUUUAAAGACACUUUUUUUUUUUUUUUUUUUUUUUUUUUUUUUUUUUUUAUUUGGUUAGAGUGAGCUUUGCCAAUAAUUUUUGUUCAGGACUGUUGCGUGCUUUUCCAUGCAUAGAUGGUUUGUAUCCUCAAAUUAAUACAGACUGCUUUAAUGAGUCCCUGUGUCUUUUUACACAUGGUGUAAAAAAAAAAAAAAAAGUCUGUCCUUUCUACUUGUGGUGUUAUGUACUCAACCAGUAACCAAGUUUAAUAUGGUGGUGGUUUCUGAGUCAGUCUCUCCUGUGCUUGUCACAUUGCUGCCUAGAUUGGGUCAUCUGCUUGUGCAGUACAUAUAAAUAGUGUUUUAUUUCAGCCCAGCAUAUUUACAUUACUGUCCUUCUGUGAAGGGAUUUUUUUUGUCUUUUUUUAAAUGGACUGAAUGUGAAGCACAUUGAUUAUGUACUAUAUUAAAUUAACCCUUGCCUUUUUAUUGUGACUAUUAAAAUGUGGAUGGGCUUUGAACUGCAAACAACAUGGGCUGAGUGUAGAUAUGUAAAAGAUUGUGAAUCUUUGGGAUCAAAUCUAUUUGCAGCAUCUGCUGCAAAGAAAUGGUGACAUUAGGAGAAGCGCACACACAUCCAGAAAGUGAUAAAUGCACUCCACUUAUACAUGAUGUGCCAUGAUGUGAAACCCAUCUGAUCCAGUGACAUUCUUCCUAAUGUAAAACUGGGCCAAGAACAUAAACCAUAUCGCCU